CCACACCUUCCCCACCUCCGUCACCUGACUGCCGCCGCCCCUCGCUCCCUCCAAGUUAUCACUGUCCACUGUCCAUAGCAGGAGGAUCAGAGAUAGUUCCCCAGUGGUGUGUCUCCCCAGCGUGCUGACCCACCAUGAGGCUACUCACCGCCCUGCUACUGACGACGACGCUGCUGGUGGUGGUGGUGGUAGUGGACGGCGGGUGGCUCGAGGCAUUCGCUGAACAGCUGUGUACUACAAAUGUCCGGUGCUACAUCAGGACGUACAGCUGUGCACAGUUACUCAACGUGUACAACAUGCAGCAGUCCAUGUUGGGGGUGUUGUCCUACUGCCACUCUCUCCUGGGCUCCAAUACGCUCCGUCAAGUACAGCUUACAUCCGACGAUCUCUUCGACGUGAUGAAUGGUGUACACGGUGACCAGCUACCAGAGUGUGUCCUGGCUCAGACAGGCUUGGUGACAGAGGGGACAGUGAACCAGGCGGCCCUGUACCUCACCCUAGCAUCAACCACCGUCAGCGUCAACAGGGAAAAACAGAACUCCUUCCUCGACUCCGUCUCUAACUGCCCCGCGCCCACCAAGAACCAGCUGCCAGCGUUCUUUGCUUGUGUGAUGCAAGGAUGUGUUCAGUCCAUAUAGUGAAGGGGCUCUGCAGUACGACCAACUCCGUACGACCCAGCUUUCCUGCCCGCCUCUACGACCCAGCCUUCCUGCCCGCCUCUACGACCCAGCUUUCCUGCCCGCCUCGACGACCCAGCUUUCCUGCCCGCCUCUACGACCCAGCCUUCCUGAUCGCCUCUACGACCCAGCUUUCCUGCCCGCCUCUACGGCCCAGGCUUCCUGCCCGCCUCUACGACCCAGCCUUCCUGCCCGCCUCUACGACCCAGGCUUCCUGGUCGCCUCUACGACCAGGCUUCCUGCCCGCCUCUACGACCCAGCCUUCCUGAUCGCCUCUACAACCCAGCCUUCCUGCCCGCCUCAGAACUUUACGACCCAGCCUUCCUGCCCACCUCUACGACCUAGCCUUCCUGCCCGCCUCUACGACCCAGCCUUCCCGUCCGCCUCAGUACUUUACGACCCAGCCUUCCUGCCCACCUCAGUACUGUACGACCCAACCUUCUUGCCCACCUCUACGACCCAGCCUUCCUGCCCGCCUCAGUACUGGUACUGUACGACCCAAACUCUCUGGCCACCUACCUAACCACAAGAUGCAACACCUGUCUCCUUCACCACCAUCUACUUCUUGGUCGAUCUUGACAACCUUAUAUUGUCUCUCCUCACGCACGAGUACUUUAUAACCAAUAUCAUGGCAACAAUAAAUAUGACUUAAUAAUUCAGUGUUCUGGUAAAAGGUUCAAGAAAUUUAUUAUGUAAUAUCUUCUAUUAUAUUCUUUUCCAGUGCAGUGUAUAUAAACAAAGAAUUGUAUUAAACAAUUCUUUACA